UUAACUGUGAAUAUUGCAAUAUGUGUUAUUUCAAUGUAUUGUUUAACAGCAGCUCAGCUGUCUUCACUAGAAGACUCAAACGUGUCUGAAGAGAAACUCGACAUGGAUAUGCUACCAAAAGUCCCUGUUCCAGACCUGCAGCACACACUGAACAUGUACCUGAGAUCUGUGAAACAUCUUGUUUCUAAAACACAGUUCUGUAAAACCAAAGCCAUGGUGGAGACGUUCGGCAAACCCGGAGGUCUUGGGGAAACACUUCAAAAACAAUUGCUUGAAAGAAAAGAUGCCACAGAGAAUUGGGUGUAUGAAUACUGGCUGGAUGACAUGUAUCUGAGAAACAGACUCGCUCUGCCGGUCAACUCCAGUCCUGCACUGAUUUUCCCUAAACAACCCUUCAGAGACUUCAAAGACUCUCUCAUGUUUGCAGCACGUCUCAUUCUAAGUGUUUCUGAAUACAAGCUGAUGGUGGACAGAAAUGAUCUGCCGGUGGACGUUGCUCACGGCCGUCAGUCUGACACUCGGUUGUGUAUGAAGCAGUAUCAGCGACUCUUCACCUCAUACAGACGCGCUGGACUCCACAAAGACACAUUAAUCACAACCAACAGCACAUCUGAUGCUCAACAUGUUAUUGUGGCUUGUAAAAAUCAGUUCUUUGUGCUGAAUGUGCCGGGAGGUUCCAGUCAGAUGAAUGACACAGAUGUUCAGGAACAGCUGCUGUGGAUCUAUGAGCAGGCACAGAAUUCUGAGCGGAAGCAGCCGGCCGUGGGACUUCUGACCUCCGACGGCCGCAGCGACUGGAGCAAAGCCAGAGAGAAACUUCGGAAAGAUCCCAUAAACAGAGAGUCUUUGGAGCUGAUGGAGAGCUGCACGUGCAUCAUCUGUCUGGAUGAACCCAUGGGAUUUCAACCCAGCGACACUGACAGAGCUUUGAUGAUGCUGCAUGGGGUUGGUCCUAAUAAAAACGGGGCAAACCGCUGGUACGACAAACCUCUGCAGUUUGUGAUAGGUACAGAUGGUGUUUGUGGGGUUAUUCCUGAGCAUUCACCGUUUGAGGGCAUCGUAGUCGUCCAAUGUGCCGAACAUGUCCUGAAACACAUGCGGAGCGGCUCGGGUAAAGCAAGCCCAGGGUUGAGAAGCUCUGAACGUCCUCGUCCGUGUAGAUUAGUGUGGAGAUGUUCAGCUGACGUUCAGAAGAUGUUGGAUUCAGCAGCAGAUCACCUGCAGAGACUCGUGAGGAAUCUAGACAUGAACAUUUUCACAUUUCAACUUUAUGGGAAGGAGUUUAUCAAACAGCAGAAGAUGAGUCCUGAUGCUUACAUACAGGUGGCUCUUCAGCUGGCCAUUUACAGAUGUUACAGAAGGCCCGUGGCCACCUACGAGAGCGCGUCGCUGCGGCGUUUCCACGAGGGUCGUGUGGAUAAUAUCCGCUCGGCCACUUCAGAGGCUCUGGAGUUUGUGAAGGCUAUGACGGAUAACGCAACAUCCAUCCAGGAUACAGAGAAAAUGAAGAAACUGCAAACUGCUGUGGAUGCUCAGACAGAAAUCACAGCUCUGGUCAUCGCAGGAAUGGGGAUAGACAAUCACUUACUGGGAAUGCUUGAAAUGGCCGAGAUGAUGAAAAUAGAGACACCGGACAUUUUCACUGAUGAAACGUAUGGGAUCAGUAAUAACUUCAUCCUUUCCACCAGUCAGGUUCCCACUACAAUGGAGAUGUUUUGUUGUUACGGUCCGGUGAUUCCUGACGGUUAUGCCGUGUGUUAUAACCCACAGUCUGAUCACAUCGUGUUCUGUGUGUCGAGCUUCAGAGCCAGUCCAUUGACCUGUUCAGGUGCGUUUGUGAAGGCGCUGGAUCAAGCCUUACAGGACAUGAGGGAUGUAGUGUGUACUAAACCUCCUGAAAAACAACAACAUCACAGAAACAUGUAA